AUGCAGUUGUUGGACAAAAAGGAAAAAUAUGGGAUUCUGUUUUCAAGAACACUGAAUUUGUUCUUGAUGACAGCAUUUGUUUUCUCUUGUUUUUCCUUUUCAGCUUCUGAAGAGGUGGUUUAUGAGAAAAUGGCUUUGUUGGAGUUGAAGAAAUCACUUGGUGAUUCCUCUGGCAUUUUAUCCAGCUGGAAAACAGACAAUUCUAGCUACUGUUCUUGGUAUGGAGUGUCAUGCAACUCAAAUUCCAGGGUUUCAGAAUUGAGAAUCAGAGGUAAUAAUACUAAUGCUGCCUCUUGUACUAGUAAUCCUGAGUUAGCAUUGCAUGGCUUUGGCAUUAGAAGAAACAGUUGCUUUCAUAUGAAUGCUAAACUUGUUGGGAAUUUGUCUUCUGUUAUUGGAUACCUCAAAGAUCUUAGGGUUCUGUCUCUUCCAUUCCAUGAUCUUACUGGUGAAAUUCCUGUUCAGAUAUGGGGGUUAGAUAAUCUUGAAGAAUUUGAUGUAGAAGGGAAUUUCAUUCAGGGAAAUUUUUCGAGCUAUAAUUUUUCUGGCUUGAAAAAACUAAGAGUUCUUAACCUGGGGUUUAACAGAAUUGUAGGGGAGUUUCCAACUUCUCUAGCAAAAUGUAGGUUUUUGAGUGUAUUGAAUUUAGCGGGAAACAGAAUAAAUGAUGUCAUUCCAGGGUUUAUAGGUGGUUUCGAAAAGUUAAGGGUGAUUAAUUUGUCGUUUAAUCGAUUAAUUGGGCAUGUUCCGCUUAACAUAGGGAUUAAAUGCAAGAAUCUUGAACAUUUAGAUUUGUCAUUUAAUUUCCUACAAGGGGAGAUUCCGCGUGUAUUGGGGAAAUGUAGUCACUUAAGGACACUUUUGUUGACUUCAAAUGCAUUUUCUGGUGCUAUCCCUUCUGAGCUAGGUAGGCUUCAAAGGCUUGAAGUUCUGGAUGUUUCGCGAAACAGUCUUUACGGUCCUAUUCCACCUCAGCUUGGAAAUUGCCUUAAUUUGUCGAUUCUCGUUCUCUCAAGUCUCUUCAAUCUUCAUAGGGAGCUGGCAUUUGAUGAUGUUUUAGGUGAGCUAAACUUCUUUGAGGGCUCCAUUCCUUCAGAUAUUACUAUGCUGCCAAAAUUGGAAGUAUUGUGGGCUCCAGGAGCAAAUCUCAGAGGACAAUUUCCCAAUGAUUGGGGUUAUUGUGACAGCCUAAAGGUGGUGAAUUUAGCUCAUAACUUUUUCAUGGGCAAAAUUUCUGGUUCAUUUCAUGGAUGCCAUGGUCUGUUGUUUCUUAACAUUAGCUCAAACAGGCUCUCUGGAAAUCUGGAUAAAAAGCUUCCUGUUCCUUGUAUGACUCUUUUCGAUAUCAGUAAGAACCACAUGUCAGGCCUAAUUCCCCAGUAUAACACAAGUGUUUGUCCCCGUGAUCCCUCAUCUGGAAAGAAGCUUAUCCAAACUUUCAAUCCAGCUUUUGCGUACCUGUCAUUCUUAACAUAUAAAACUUUUUCAGAGAGCCCUUUGCCUUUCCCUACUACCGGUCUUCCAGUCAUUCAUAAUUUUGGUGGAAACAGCUUCACCGGUGGAAUCCCUUUACUUCCAAUGGUCCAUGAAAGCUUAGGAAAGCGCAUUGACUAUGCAUUUCUUGCUGGUGGAAACAAGCUUACUGGAUCAUUGAAUGGGAGCUUAUUUGGAAACUGUGAUGGAUUAGGUGGAAUGACAGUUAAUGUAAGCAGCAAUGAGAUCUCUGGUCAAGUUCCUGCUUACAUUUGUUCAGAAUGCAGGUCUCUCAAAUCUUUUGAUGUGUCCAGAAACAAUAUCUCUGGGUCCUUUCCCAAGCACCUUGGUCAUUGUAAUUCCCUCAUUGUACUUGACUUGAGCCGGAACAAGUUGCACGGUCACAUUCCGGCUGAUCUCUUUGACAUGAGGAAUCUCACUUUUCUAAGCUUGGCUAAUAACCAGCUAAGAGGCAGCAUCCCUCCUUUCUUUUCUCAGAUGCAUUCUCUUGAAGUUUUGGACCUCUCAUCAAACUCAUUCUCUGGUGACAUUCCUGAAGGUAUCACGCGCCUGGUAAAUUUAACUGUUCUGUUGCUCAACAAUAAUACAUUGACUGGAGAGAUUCCCUCAGGUUUGGAAAAUAUGACAUCUCUUCAUGCAUGCAACUUCUCAUUCAAUAAUUUAUCUGGAGUGUUGCCAUCGGAUGAGUUGAUAAAGCCGUGUAGCUUCAAUGGAAACCCUUUUCUUUUAUCCAGGCCAAAACUUGCCGUUUUUUCAGCACCGCCAAUGGGUAAACAACCCGAUGCUCCUCCACCAAGGCCUGAGUCUAAAAAUGCUAAGAGAGGUCUUUCUUCCAUCGAAUUUGCUGCUGCAGUAUCUGCAACUGUCAUUGUUUCCGUUCUUGCUAUCCUUGUUGCCUUCUGUAUGCACAUAGCAAAGCGGACAGCAUGUCCUAAAGUUGAGGCCUCUGAAUCACCUGAAAGAAACGAUGUUACAGUUUUCAAUGACAUAGGAGUACGUUUGACAUAUGAUAACAUCGUCCACGCUACCAGAAACUUUAGCUGGAGCAACUGCAUUGGGAAUGGUGGUUUUGGUUCCACAUACAAAGCUGAAGUUUCCUCUGGUCUUAUAGUGGCAGUAAAGAGGCUAUUGGUCGAAAGAUGUCAAGGAGUUCGCCAGUUCGAGGCUGAGAUUAAUAGCCUUAAAAGCAUAAGUCAUCCCAAUCUCAUAACACUGAUUGGCUAUUUUGCAAGUGAGGCAGAUAUGUUCCUGAUAUAUAAUUAUAUCCCAGGAGGUAGUUUAGAGAAAUUUAUACGGGAUAGAGCCAGUAGAGUGUUUGAUUUUAAAGUGCUACACAAGAUUGCUCUAGACAUUUCCCUUGGAAUUGCUUAUCUACAUGAUCAAUGUGUCCCGCGCAUUGUCCACCGUGAUGUUAAGCCAAGUAAUAUAUUGUUGGACAAUGAGAUGAACGCUUGUUUAUCGGAUUUUGGGUUGUCAAGGAUCAUGGGACCAGAAACCUGCACAACCACAAAUGUAGCAGGAACUUUCGGGUAUGUAGCACCAGAAUAUGCUCUAACGUGUCGUGUAUCAGACAAGGCCGAUGUUUACAGCUAUGGUGUCGUGCUGCUCGAGUUGCUCUCUGACAAGCGAGCUCUAGAUCCUUCGUUCUCUGUGCAUGAGAACGGAUUCAACAUUGUUUCAUGGGCAAACAUGUUACUGCGCGAUAACAAGAUACAGGACAUAUUCUACACCAGUUUAUGGGAGGCAGGACCGGAGGACAAACUUGUGGACAUGUUGCAUUUGGCUCUAAUGUGUACUACAGAAUCCCUUUCUGCCAGGCCAAGAAUGAGGCAGGUCGUCGGGCAAUUGAAGGAACUUGCACCUCUUGUGCCUUCUAGCUAA